AUGCACAUACACGAUGAUGUAGCUAUUAUAUGUAAUCAGUGUUCCCAAGCAAUCUGUGUUACCUGUGUAGUUACGGCACACAAAUAUCACAUCGACAGCUUUGUAGAGCUCCGCUAUAUAGUUCAACAGAAGAUAUCUUCCAUCCAAGACUUUAUUAGCAGAACUGAAAAAGAAACACUACCGGGGCUCCUUCUCGACAUCGAGUCCACUCGAAAUCAAGAGGCGGAGUCUGACAACCGUUACGAUGAACUGGUAAGAAGUGUCAAAGACCAGGGUCGACUGUGUAAAAAAGAAGUCGAUGAUUUAGUUGAAGGAUAUGUUUCAAGGUGUCAUGACCUCAAACAACAGGACAAAAAAGAGCUAAAGGAUCAUAUUGGCAAUCAGGAAAGCAGAUACGAAACUGUGUCUUCUCAAGUACAACAGUGUAAGCUGGUCCUGCAGAGCGGUUCCAAUAUCCAAGUAUAUGACGAGGAAUCGAAAACUGAUACAGUAAGUUUGCAAAGUCUUGAUUUAUCCGUUUUACAGGAUGCAUCAUUCUAUCCUGGUAAAGACAGAGUUCAGAUAAAGCAUGCCAUUGGAACACUAGUCACUUCCCCUGACAGUGAACGAUUAUCGUCACUCAAUGAAUCUGACCAUUCAAACGAAAAUUCAAACCAGCUACGCCCAUAUGUCAAACCAAUACAAACCCCUACAACUGACCAGCAUCCACGAGGAACAUCAAACCUACUGAAGCCAACAACCAGGCAACAAUCAACCACCCAGCAAACAAUGAAAUUUUCAAGUAAACAGAAAAUCACCAGAAUCUGUCCGACAUCAACAGAAUGUGCGUGGGUAUGUGAUCAAACUCCAACAGUGGUCCUGUUCGACAACCGCGGUCAGAUCAGACGCACAGUCGAACAUAGAAAAGACGUAAGGGACAUAAGCCUUGACCCUAACACUGGACAUUUGUGGAUGUGUGACAAAAUGCAGGGAAACAUUCUCGAAGUCUUGCCAUUCUCGCAGUCCCCGGUACCUAGAUUCAAUGUAGAUGGCCGUCCACGCAGUCUGUGUGUAACCAUUGAGGGUCGAAUAAUGGUGGGUAUAGAUGAUACAAAAUCCAAGGUAAACGUUUACAACAAAGAAGGAAACAUACUUUAUUCAACCACUAACCAGCUGUCGGUGAUCAAGUAUCCGCAAUCUAUCGCCCAGUGUCCAGUUACAGGAAACAUAGCCCUGGUGUGUGAUUGGAACAGUGUCAUUUUAUGCGACCCGAAUCUGAAGGUCAUACAUAAAUACAAGGGACAUGAUGUACAAGCGCGGAAAGCGAACUACCCUAAAUAUCACUUUAAAAUAAAGUCAAUCGCGUAUGACUGCAGAGGGUAUAUCGUGGUUUCUGAAGAUAGGGGACCAACAACGCUGGUCAAUGGGUCUGGACAACGCGAUCGGCAACUCACCAGAAACAGAUGUCAGAUUAAGUGCUCGGGGACAAAUCCAGGAGUGGUUGGAUGGGUAGGACAAGAAACAGUCACCGGAAAUUGCGUGAUCAAACGCCUCAGGUACUAG